GACUUAAAAACCGGGCCCCCAAGGCAGUCAGCCUAGACCUUCCUGAGUGCAGCAACAUGGCCUUCCUUUGGCUUCUCUCCUGCUUCGCCCUUGUGGGGGCUGCCUUUGGUGACUGCGGCCUCCCUGCCAUCAAACCCGUGCUGAAUGGCCUGUCCAGGAUCGUCAAUGGCGAGGACGCUGUCCCGGGCUCCUGGCCCUGGCAGGUGUCCCUGCAGGACAGCACCGGCUUCCACUUCUGCGGGGGGUCCCUCAUCAGCGAGGACUGGGUGGUCACUGCCGCCCACUGUGGCGUCAGGACCUCCCACCUGGUCGUGGCUGGGGAGUUUGACCAGGGGGCAAGUGAGGAGAACAUCCAGGUCCUGAAGAUCGCCCAGGUUUUCAAGAACCCCAAGUUCAACAUGCUGACCAUCCGCAACGACAUCACCCUGCUGAAGCUGGCCACGCCUGCCCGCUUCUCGGAGACCGUGUCCCCUGUGUGCCUGCCCGCGGCUUCGGAUGAGUUCCCCCCUGGCUUGCUGUGCGCCACCACGGGCUGGGGGAAGACCAAGCACAAUGCCAACAAGACCCCCGACAAGCUGCAGCAGGCGGCCCUGCCCCUGUUGUCCAACGCCGACUGCAGGAAGUUCUGGGGCAGCAAGAUCACGGACGUGAUGAUCUGUGCCGGGGCCAGCGGCGUCUCGUCCUGCAUGGGCGACUCUGGCGGCCCCCUGGUGUGCCAGAAGGACGGAGUGUGGACCCUGGUGGGCAUCGUGUCCUGGGGCAGUGGCACCUGCUCCACCUCCAUGCCCGGCGUGUACGCCCGUGUCACCGAGCUCAUCCCUUGGGUUCAGGAAAUUCUUGCUGCCAACUGAGCCUCUUUCUCCCACCAUCCCAUCCCGAGUGUCUCCAAUAAAAGCAUGUGAAGGGAG